AUGUUCUUCCAUUCCAUGCACCCCACGGGGCCCACCCCCACCUCCCUACCCUUGCAGCUUCUGGGCAACGUAUCAGAGUUCAACUGGGGAGUGGAGUACCUUUCUCAGCAUCUCUCCUUCGACCUAGAUAUACGCGUGUGUGUUCCAUACUCGCCCCUCCCUCUCCCAUGCCCCUCUCUUCUCUUCCUUCUCUCCCUCCCCUCGCACUCAGCACCUCUCCUUCGAUCCAGACAUUUGCGUGUGUGUUCCAUACUCGCCCCUUCCUCUCCCUUCCUCUCGCUGCCUCUGUUUCUCUCCAAUGCUCCCCCCCUCCUUUUUUCCUCUGCCUCUAACUACUUCCCUCCCCUCCCAAGCCCUCGUCAAACCCCCAAACCGUUUUCUCUCACCUUCCACCCACUACCUGUGGCUCUAUAUACCCUGUGCUUUCUGAAUGGAUUUUCCCCUUGCUCUCUCCCUCUCGCUCCCCACAGAAAUGUAUUUGAGGCCAACAUAAGGGCUCUGGGAAGCCUCCUAUCCGCCCACAUGCUUAUCCUGCAAAGCCACGACCCCACGCUGCCACCUGUCCAUCCCUCAUUGGCUGGCGUGCAUCUGGCACCUGGGUACAAGGGCCGUCUGCUGGAGCUGGCUAUUGAUCUGGGCUUCAGACUUCUCCCCGCCUUCUCAUCAGGCACGCCCAUCCCCUACGCAUGGGUGAAUCUCCGGAGGGGAGUUCUUCCAGACGACGUCACUCAUACAUGCACUGCCGGCGCCGGCACUCUGCUGCUGGAGUUCAGUGCGCUCUCGAACAUCUCCGGCAUUCCCAUUUUCCAGGAGAAGGCAGAGGCAGCAGUGGUUGCUCUGUACAGGCGGAGGUCGCCCCUGAACCUCGUGGGCAAUGGAAUCAGCAGCACGUCAGGAGUGUGGCUGCAGCGGGAAUCCACAGCAGGAGCUGGCGUUGACUCCUUCUUUGAGUACCUCCUCAAGGGCUACCUGCUGCUGGGAAAGAGCACUUUUCGCCGAAUGUUUUCCAAGGUGUAUUCUGGUGCAAUGCGGUAUAUGGCGGUACGGGGGGAGUCCAUGGUGCGCUGGCUGCUAGAUGUGGGCAUAGACAACGGGCAUCUGGGCCGGCACUAUGCUUCGUCCCUCCAAGCGUUCUGGCCCGCCAUGCAGGUUCUUGCCGGGCAGACCGCGGAUGCCCGAGUCAUCCACAGUGGCCUCUGGGCAGUGUGGAAAAGGUUUUCCUUCCUGCCCGAGCUUUUCAGCGUGACUGCUUCAGCCGUUCAUCCAGUGGAAAGGGGAUACCCACUGCGGCCUGAGAUGGCAGAGAGUGCUUACUUCCUCUUCAAGGCCACAGGCAACCACACGUACCUGGAGAUCGGGAGGGAUAUUGCUGCAGCCCUCAACACAGUCACACGCGCAGGUUGUGGGUUUGCAAGUGUUGGCGACGUGCAGACACAUCGCCUUGACGACCACAUGGAGUCAUUUCUGCUCUCUGAAACACUUAAGUGCCUCUACCUCCUCUUCUCCCCUCACAUUGACAUCGCCGCCCGGUUCGUGUUCUUCACAGAAGGUCAUCAUCCCCUCUCACCCGAAGCGGGUGUUCAUUCAUCUCAAACAACACUUGAUGUUACUCCUUGUUGUCUCCCUCCCACCAGGUACCUCUACCUCCUCUUCUCCCCUCACAUCGACAUCUCCGCCCGGUUCGUUUUCUCCACAGAAGGUCAUCUCCUGUCGCUGAACCUUCCCAGAAUCUUCCGUGUCGUCUGCCCGUCCGAAGACCACCCUGACAUGUCGCCAGCUGGCGACUGCCGAGUGGUUGCUGCCACUGCUGACAUGGAUGCUGACGUGGACACUGAUGUAGAUGCUGACAUGUCGCAAUCCCCCUUGCAGGCUCCAAACGAGGCACAGAAACCCCCGGAUGAAUCACAAAGACCACAGUCACAACCCCCCUUGCUCGAGAAGCAACAGCCCUCGUUUGAGUCACGCAAACCCUCGUCUGAAUCACGCAAGCCCUCGUUUGAGGCACGCGUGUGUGAGGACUCUCUUUCUGCCCUGGGCUCUCUAGUAGAUCCGGACUUGGCUUUAAGGCGACAGCUGGUUUGUGAGGCCGUGGUGGGGACGUUUGAGAGGGAUGAGCAUGGAGGAAAGGGGUGGUAUGGUGCAUGGGAGGACGAGGAUAAGGCGAGUGGGGAGGGGGAAGGAGGCGAGGAGGAAGCACGAGAGAAGGGAGAGGGGGAAGAAAGGAGGGAUGAGGUUGGGGAAAGGACGGAGGGAGAGGGUGGGGUUGGGAGAUUGAGAGAUGGAGCAGGGAGAGCAGGCGAAAAGGGAGAUGACAAGAGUGGGAUGGAAAGUGGAUGCGUGGAGGGUGGAGAAUUGAAGAGUGGUGUGCGGGUGAGUGGAGUGGCUAGUAAUGUGGAGGGAGAGAGAGUGCCAGCUAUAAGUGAGAAGGGGAGCGUGGAGGGUUCAAGGGAGAAGGAAGCGGAGACAAGGGAGGAAGGUUUGAAGGAGAUGGAAGAAAGGGAGACAAGGGAGAGGAGAGAGCGGAGAAUGGGGAGGGACGAGAGAAAGCGGAGAUUAGAGAGAGCUAGGGAAAGAGAGAGGAGGAAGAAAGUGGCCGAGAAAAUCUUAGACGAGCGGCAGAGGGACAUGCAACGAGAACGAGAGUUGAGACGACUCAGAACGCAAGCAGCAGGGCUGCGGCUGAUGCAGGGGAGGAGGGACGAGAGAUGGAGGAGCCCUCUAGAGGAGGAGGUGUCUCGACUUGCUUCCUUCAUCAGAUUCCAGGAGCGGCAGAGGGAGCAGCAACUAGCGGCAGCCGCCGUCGCAGCAGCAGCAGCAGCAGCAGGGGGAGAGGAGGGAGCAGAGGGAGCAGGGCGAGAGGGUGUGGGUGAACAGGGGCACAGAACCCACCUGUGUGGUGCGUUUGCUUGUAUGGUUGUGUCCCCCCAUGCUUCCCCUUUGCUCCCUGCCCGCAUCCCUCUCCCCCCAUCCCUCACCAAUUCCCCUGGAGCACAAGAGCACGUGCAAGCCGCGCCGCGCUCCCCUGUGUGGUGCGCUUGGCUGGAUUCCCCCAACCCAGCACAAGUGUCCCCGUUCCUCUUUGCUUUUUCCCCCCCUUCCGCUUACAUUUCCCCCUAUUUCUCUCUGUUUCUCUCAGAGCACAAGGUCCCAGCAGCGCCCCCCUGUGUGGUGCGCCUGGUUAACUCCCCCCCACCCGAGAAUGACAGUUCCUCCGGACAUCAAACGAACGUGACUGUGCGAGAGGGUGAGGAAGAGAGAGGGGAAGAAGAGAGAGGGGUGAGAAAGAAUGGAGAGAGUGCGGAGGUGGGUGAGGGGGAGAGGGUAGCUGAUGGGGGAGGUGAGGGGAGCGGUGGCGGAAGAGGGGAAGGGGGGUGGGAAACGGAAAAGGGGAGGAGGGGAGGAGGAGAGGGGAGGGGGGGAAGAGGGAGGGGGCAGGAGCUUGUGGAUACUGUGAGUGUAAACCUGCCUGCAGGGGCUGCUGAGUUUGGCCCUUUCCUUGGGAAUGGUGAUGAUGGGGGUGAUGGUGGUGAUGGUGAUGGUGGGAGUUAUGGUGGUGGUAGUGGUGGUGGUGGUGAUGGUGAUGCUGGUGAUGACGAUGGUUAUGAAGCAUCCCCUAUACAAGCAUGUGUGGACCGCUUGUCGAAUCCUGGCGAGGUGAAAGGGCGGGUGGUGGUGGUGAUGCGUGGGGGAUGUUCCUUCCAACAGAAGGUGGUAGCAGCACAGAGAGCAGGCGCUGCUGCUGUGAUUGUUGUCAACCAUGUUAUGGGGGGAAGGGCGCUCAAUAUGGCACCUGAUGUUCCGGGUUCUGAUACUGUCACACAUGAAGGUGGGGUGUCAGAGGGUGGUGAAGGGACAAAUUCUGAUACAGUCACACCUGAUUCUGGAGUGUCGCAGGGUGGUGAAGGGACGGAUUCAGAAACAGUCACAACCGAUGGGCUGAUGGCAGCGGGUGAUGGAGUGUCAUCAGGAAAAGGCAACCCUUCAUCAGCAGCCGCAUCCGAAGAAGGAUCGGAAGCAGCAGGAGGAUCAGGUUCGGAUGCAGUCACGUCUGUUAAGGAAUCAGCAGCAGGUGAUGGAGUGUCACCAGGGAAAUUAUCAGCAGCUGUAUCAGAAGAAGGAUUAAAGGCAGCAGCAGAAGGAUUAGCAGAAGGAGAAGGAUCACCAGCAGGAGAAGAACCAAUAACAGCAUUAGAAACCCCGGAGGGAGGGGUUUCUAAUGUGGCAGUACAGAUCCCUUCAGUUAGCUUGGGCAAUGCCGAUGGCGCUCUGUUGUUGGCGGUCCUGAGAGGGCAGAUGAGCGUGAGAGAGGCUGCGCGGCGGAAGGCAGAAGGCGGCGAAGGGGAAGGGGAUGGGGUGAAUAGAUUGGAUGAUGGAAAAGCAGCAGAGGUAUGGGUCAAGCUGUUUUGCCCGAAGAAACGGACGGAGGAGGAUCAUCCUGUUUUGUUUGACGUGGACGUCAGCGUGCCGCCACAGUCGCCUUUGCAGAUGCAGCAAGCUGUGAAUGCAAUGAUCCUGCUGCUCAAAGGGGGGCACUUGAAUCGCCUUUUGACAUUUGCAUAA